AUGAAAAAUAAUCAAAUAGCACAAAGUUCAUUUGAAUAUCUUCUUAUGCAAAUAGUUAUGAAUAGACAAAAAGAAAGUGAAACUAUUGAUGAUAGUAAAGAAAAAAUAAAAAGAAUUGGAUAUGAUGUUGGAAAUAGACUAACAGAAAGAUUUACAGAUUUUGAAAAACCAAUUAAUAAAAUUGAUGAAAGUAUUAAAUAUUUAUUAACAAUACAAUGGUGUAAACCAUUUUUCGAUAAUCCAACACUUAAAUAUAUUGAAUCAAAUAAAACAUAUACAAUAACAGUUUUACAAUCAGACUUUGUUUCAACAAUUAGUUCAUUUCAAAUAGAAAAAUAUAAUCCAAUUGAAAUUAAAGAACUGUAUUUAUCUUAUCUUAUUGGUAUUAUUCAUGGAUCAUUAAAUUCAAGAGGUUUUAAAGUAGAUAUUCAUUAUCCUAAUAUAAAAAAUAAUUUUGAUCAUUCAUUUGAAUUAAUAAUAACAUUAUGUGAGUAA